AGGGCUUGUGAGAGCAUCAUCGUCGACUUCGGCGGCGUGCUAUUCACUUGGUCUGCGAACACGAUGACCCCCGUCCGCCCUAAGCUCCUGCGCCGCAUCUUCUCGUCUUCCAUCUGGUUUGAAUACGAGAAGGGCCACAUAUCGGAGCAAGAAUGCAUACAACUCGUCGCAGCCGAGUUCUCCAUUUUCGAAGUAGACUUCACACGCGCGUUGAAGAGUGCGCGUCGGUCCGUGCGUCUCAACACCUCCGUCUUCGACCUCUUGCGCGACUUGAAGAAGCACACCGGUGUCCGCAUCAUCGGAAUGGCAAAUAUGUCGAGCACGGAAUGGGAUCUGCUCCGGCGCAAGAUGGAGCCGGAGGUCUGGGCGCUCUUCGACCACAUCUACACCUCGGCGGACGUCGCCCAGCGCAAGCCGAGCAUUGGCUUCUUCAAGCAUAUCCUUGAUUCUGCCCGACUCGUCCCGGCUCGCACGGCGCUGAUCGACAACAGGGUGGAAAAUCUCGUUUCUGCCGCCUCCGCCGGAAUCCGAGCUUGCUUCUCGUUCACGACGGUCGACGAGCUGUCUCGCUCGCUCAAUGCAGUCACCCGGAACGCGCUCGCUGAUGCCGAAGGGUGGUUGCGCCGUCAUGCUCAGGAGAUGUGGUCGGUUACCGACUCGGGCGUCAAGCUGGAGGAAAACUACGCCCAACUCCUUAUAUUCGAUGUCACCAGGGAUGCGAGCUUAGCUAAUAUUGGCACGCCAUCGAAGCUUGCAAACUUCUGGAGAGGUACAACUAUCAAUACUACGGUAACAUUCCCCCACGACCUGAACACGACAUCCAUUGCGUGCACUGCGCUUGGUGUCUUCCCACAACAGAUGAAGGACGACAUCGUUGACGAGAUAUUGUCCAUCAAGACCUCGGAAGGGCUUGCGCCUACGUACUUCGACAGUACCCGUCCUCGGAUAGACCCCGUGGUGAACAUCAACGUCCUCACCUUUCUCUAUGCGAACGGCCGCGGCCACGAACUUCCCGAAGCCCUCGACUGGGUCCAAUCCGUGCUGCAAACGCGCGCAUACGAACACGGCACGCUCUACUUCGCUACUGGCGACGCCUUCCUCUACUUCCUCUCACGCCUCCUUUCGGUAUCACCCUCGGUCCGCCAGCGGCUCGGCAAGCUCUUCGUUGAGCGCGUGCAGGAGCGCUGCGGGACUGAGGGCGACGCGCUGUCUCUUGGAAUGCGCGUCAUCGCAGCGGCGUCGGUGGGAGUGCGGGCUACGCUCGAUUACCAGCGGCUUCUGUUGGCGCAGGAGGAGGACGGGUCGUGGCCGGUGGGGUGGAUGUACAAGUAUGGUUCAACGGGGAUGCGCAUUGGGAACAAGGGGUUGACGACGGCGGUGGCUGUCGCCGCCAUUCGCAAGUUUAGAGCGAUGUGA